GUCUAUUUUGAUCUCUCUCAUCUUCUUCCUAAUUCAUACCUAAAUUCUUCCUUCAUUCUUCAUCUUUAUCCAAUCUAUCACCAUUCCAUCCUUUUACAUUUUAUUAUUUUAUAAAAGUAAAGUUAGGAGAUUGGAUUGGAUAUCAAUAUCAUCAUUUGAGGUAUAGAUUUCUUUCUAUACCUCAAAUGAUCAGUCUUUAGCUUUAGGUGGGGGAUACAUUUUAAUUUCAUACCUAAAAAAUAAAAAUAUUUAAAUUUACAUAAAUAAUUAUUAAAUGCUAAUUUUCUUAGACUAGUAGUCUCCUUAUAAAAUCCCACUACUACCCUACUCAACGAUGUCGUUUACUAGCGAGCAUGGCAAGUUGUAAGCAGUAACAGUCGUAAUUUCACGGCCGUUGUUGUGUAAAGUAACCACCGAUCGCCGUACCGGUACCGGAGAAUCGAAAUCGGAAGAAUUAAAGCCUCUGAAUGGCUCCACCUAAGUCUAAAGGAGCCACUCAGAGCACCAAUGCAAGAAUUUUAUUCUUUUCCAUUCUCCUCGCUUUUCAAUAUGGCGCUCAACCUUUGAUUUCCAAACGCUUCAUCAGCCGUGAAGUUAUUGUGACUUCAUCCGUUUUGUCAUGCGAGGCUGCAAAGGUUAUGUUUGCAUUGUACUUAAUCGCAAAAGAAGGUAGUCUGGGAAGAAUGUAUAAAGAAUGGACGUUGGUCGGUGCAUUGACUGCAUCAGGACUUCCUGCAGCUAUAUAUGCACUACAAAAUAGUUUGUUGCAAAUUUCUUACAAGAAUCUUGAUUCACUCACAUUCUCAAUUCUGAAUCAGACAAAAAUAUUUUUCACUGCAUUAUUUACAUAUUUUAUGUUGAGGCAAAAACAAUCAAUUCAACAAAUUGGAGCCUUGUUCUUGUUAAUAGCUGCAGCAGUCUUACUAAGUGUUGGUGAAGGCUCUAACAAAGGUUCUACUGGUGCUAAUGCUGAUCAAGUUUUAUUCUAUGGAAUUAUUCCUGUAUUAAUUGCUUCAGUGCUCUCUGGACUGGCUUCUUCCCUGUGCCAAUGGGCUUCUCAGGUUAAGAAACACUCAUCAUACCUAAUGACUGUAGAAAUGUCUAUUGUUGGAAGUAUAUGCUUGCUUGCCAGUACCUUGAAAUCUCCAGAUGGGGAAGCUAUUAGACGACAUGGAUUUUUUUAUGGUUGGACUCCUCUAACUUGGAUCCCAGUAAUUUCCAAUGCCCUUGGUGGAAUUCUUGUUGGUUUAGUUACAAGCUAUGCUGGCGGUGUUAGAAAGGGAUUUGUCAUUGUCUCAGCUUUACUUGUUACUGCAUUGCUACAAUUCAUUUUUGAAGGAAAACCGCCUUCAUUGUAUUGCCUUGUGGCUCUUCCGCUAGUUGUCAGUAGCAUUUCAAUAUACCAGAAAUACCCCUACCAGGUUAAGAAGAAGGAAGCAUAAAACCUGCCGGGCAUAGUAUGGGGAAGUUAUUUCAUUAGUUCCCCACUGAAGCUCCUUUGUUUUAUAUCCACGACCACAAUAUUUAAGCAUGUUGUAAAUGAUAGAGGGCAAGUAUUCUUUUCAAUGUCUGCUCAAUCUCAAUAGAGUUAGGGAUGUCAGACUUUUUCUUUUCUAUCCUCAUUUUACUAUUGUGGAACUUUUGAAUGAGGUAUUUAUUUUGGUCUUCUCUUCAAUGUGUGGAUAGAGGGACGAAAGUGGUUCAAUUUGAAAUUCAUGUUGCAGAAGACAAUGGCUAUAUUAUAUGUACUGUUGUUGAAACUUGAAAGUGAAAUUUACGUGAAAAAAAAUAUGAUUGGAAUCCUUUUUCUUCAA